CAAUUGUAGUGAUGCUCCACGGUAAUUUACUGGAAGGCAGAUACUCGAUACUGAACAGUGUGGAUCAGUGUGGAGAGGUGGCGCAGUGACUGCUGCGAGGCAUCCAGGUUAGAUACAAGUCAACGAAACCGCGCAGUUUGCGCACGUCGACGCUCUCAACAAAUCCACUGUUUAGUUGUCGCUAGCUGCCUCCUGCACUAGCAAUUUGACGAAUUUAAAGGUAGGGUAGGUUUAUUUAGUAAUAAGUAGCCGUAAUGAACAUUUUGUAAAAUAAACAUUUGUGUUUAAGCAAAAUGUCUGAGUCGGGGCAUAGCCAGCCCGGAAUGUACGGACAGGGACGGAGGAGAAGACGACGCCGAGAACGGGAGCCUGGUCCGCCUGGACAGAACCUAUCCGGUCCGGGCCGUGAGCGAGAAUAUAACCCCCGGGAGCGCAGGGAUGGCAGCGAAGAACCACCUGGCCCUGUCCUUCAAAAGACCCCUAUCAUACUGGCAAAACCCCCUGGAGAAAGGACUAAGCCCAGUCAAAGUGCCCCCAUAAGCACGCCCCUGGAAAAGCCUAUCAUGCUCAUUAAAACCAGGGAGGAAGGAGGGAAACCAGGGACCCCCCCUGAUGUAACCCUUCCUGCCCCUGGCCCGGGGGCUGCUAAGUUGGAGAGGGAGGGGCAGCGUCCCACCCAGCCUGUGUACCAAAUCCAGAACAGGGGAAUGGGCUCGACUGCGUCCAGCAGCGCUAUGGACCCUGUGAUUGGCCAGACAAAGCUCCUCCCACCUGAGAAAAUGAAGCACAGCAUUAAGCUGGUGGAUGAGCAAAUGAACUGGUGUGACAGUGCUAUGGAGUAUCUGCGGGACCAGACAGACAUGCUGGUAGUGGGAGUUAUUGGCUUACAGGGAACGGGCAAGUCCACUGUCCUGUCACUGCUGUCAGCUAACACGCCAGAAGAGGACCAGAGGGCUUAUGUGUUUAUGGCACAGAGUCAGGAGAUCAAGGAGAGGGGAGGUAACCAGAGCAGUGGAAUUGACUUCUACAUCACCCAGGAGAGAGUUAUCUUUUUGGACACACAGCCCAUCUUGAGUCCCUCCAUUUUGGAUCAUCUCAUCAAUAAUGACCGCAAACUGCCACCAGAAUACAAUCUCCCCCAUACGUAUGUGGAAAUGCAGUCCCUGCAAAUGGCUGCCUUUCUCUUCACUGUGUGCCAUGUGGUGAUUGUGGUUCAAGAUUGGUUCACAGACAUCAACCUCUACAGGUUCCUCCAGACCGCCGAGAUGCUGAAGCCAUCCACCCCAUCUGCCAGUCAUGACAGCUCUAGCUCAUCUGGCUCUGAAGAGGGAUCCGAGUACUACCCUCAUAUCGUGUUCCUGCAGAACAAGGCGAGGAGGGAUGAUUUCUGUCCUCGGAACCUGAGGAAGAUGCACACGGCCGUGGACAAGCUGAUGGCACACUCUCACCUUAAGUACAAAGGCACACUGUCCAUGCUGGACUCUAACACCUUCCCUGGCCUUGGGCGAGACUACCUGGAGACCGAGGUCAACCUGUUCCUGCUGCCACAGCUGGAGAAUGAGGGGGAGGACGCUUUGACACGGGGAGGGCCUGGCUCUGCCCCCCUGUUCUCCCUGCUUCCUGGUUACAGGGGACACCCCAGCUUCUCCUCGUUGGCUUCCAAGUUGCGCAGCCAGGUCCUGUCCCUGUCUCGCUGCCAGCUCUCCCACACCAUCCUCACUGAGAAGAACUGGUUUCACUACGCGGCUCGGAUCUGGGAUGGGGUGAAGAAAUCCUCGGCUCUCUCGGAGUACAGCCGGCUGCUUUCCUAACGUCCACCGUGGAUCGCCAUGGAAAUGGGACACCCUGAACUGCUGGAAUGACCCAGAGACAUGUUUGGCUCAGUGGAGGAAAAAUCCACACCCAUGAUCACCUGAUCCAAGCCAUCCUGGAUGUUAUUGAAGAUACAUGUGAAAUCUGAUAUCUUGCCAUGUUCUCACCUGGCGCGAUUUGUGGGACUGCUUCUGCAGCUUUUGCUCAGUUUGGGCAGAUAAAUGGUUCUUAUCUACAGCCCAUACUGUAGAAGGCCAGAAGUGAAACGCAUCCCUUUUAACAGAAAAAAGGUUGAGCUCACUCGAGUGCCAUCAAUUUGUAAUAAAUGAAAAUGUACACUGGUGUUUGUUUUUGUGAAGAUUUAUUCUGGAACAUUGAAUAUUCAGACACAUGUAAAUGCAUAGAUACUGAACACAUUGGCUACAGACUGGUAGUUGUUGUUACUGUACCUUCACAUGUGACAUAAAUUUGUUUUAUUUAAAAGAUAAAAUAGCCCCAACCCUGUAUGUGCUAUACCAAUCCCGAAAGAACCGAACAUGGAUAGUUUCCUGAGGUGUAGAUGGGUUUACUUCUGUACAAUAAACCAAACCAAACAAAA